AAAUAUUCAAACCACAUUGGAAAAACUGAAUUCCAAAUAAAAAAAACAAAACUACGUCCACCUCGGAGUUGACGUUUCAUGUAAAUGACGUGUAAAUGGUUGUAGAGUGACAUUUGGAAGCCGGCUGUAUACAAAAUUUUCUAAAAUGGCUGCCUCGAGCUCCAUAUCGAUGAUCCUGGCGUCAGUAUUCUCAAUACUGAUUUUCUCAACGAUGCAAUUGUACCGUACCUGGUUUGCUGCUUCGCAACUCAACACAAUUCUCGGUGGUUACCUUGGUUCAUGGCUGUUCAUCUUCUCACUAACAGCCUUGAACAAUUUGGAAUCGAUCGCUUUGGGCGAUGGAUUCCAAGCGAAGUUCUUCCCAGAAGUUCUAUUCUCCUUGAUAGGAGCAGUAUUCGCAUGUAGCAUGGUGCAUCGCGUUUGUGCAACGACAUGUUUCAUUUUCUCCAUAAUUGGAUUAUAUUUUGUAAACAAGAUAUCACAAAGGGUCCAUAAUAUGCCGGCUGCAACGGAAGUCUUCUCAAAGAAGAAAAGGAAGUGAACUCAUCAAUUUGAGAUCUAAGGAAAAGUUUUCAAAUGAAAUCUCCGAAAGUGUAAAAUGAAAUAAUCUCCAUCGAGAAAUCUGUAGUUAUAGAAUCAAAAUACAUUUAUAUAUAUUCCAGA